AUGCUUCAGUUUGAUGCACCCCUCAUUUGCUUGCAGGGAGCGCAGGUACUUAGAAUACAACAGCCACUGUUCAGCACCAAUCGGAAAUCAAAGUCUCUUGCUGUCUCUUGGCCUUUGCCAUCCUUCGCCACGAUGGGGACGACUUCCAGUAGUUUCUCUGCUUUGCAGGACCCCUUUGAUGCCACGCAAUUUCAGCAGGUUCUUAGCACGUGGCUAGCGCCAAUGCGCUUGGAAUGCAGCCAUCCUCUGCUUGUAGGCUGGUACAACAAAGCUCGAGCUGAAACUGCAGAUGGAACGCAGAGCAUCGAAGGGCCUGAUGAUGCCGUGGCGUUUGCCAUUUAUUCGGUGCCACAAUUCUUGGAGGUUGUCGUCGAGCACUACGCUCGUGAGAAGCCAGAGAGGGACAUCGUGGAUGGUGCAACGAACGCCAUCCUCGGUGAGCUCCGCAAUCAAUUACCAAGCUCUCUAGAUGCACAAGUCAUCAACACGGACGUAGGACCGCCCUAUUUCCAUGUGCAAACAAUUGGUGCGGUUUGUGCAGAAGACCAGCACGUUGAAGCGGAGGAUGUGAAGGGUGAAGGCAGUGCUGAGUGGCGCGAAGACUUGGAAGAUCGUUUGGAGGAGACACGUGACCCAAAGAUGUGGGGGACGGAAUCUGCGAUGCGCAGGUACGCCUAUCGAGCCUUGGUGGUCCUGCGCAACGGAAAGCAGGCUCUGGAAAAGCCAGAGCCAUUGGAAUUCCUCAGUAUCGAGGACAAGAAGAGAGUUCUCUCCGAGUACAACUUGAGGCAUCAGUUGUGCCUUUGGCGAGACCUCUCAGAAAGCCAUCCAGCAGACCGAAGAUACAGUCCCGAUGAGUUUUUCUUCUUCACUGAGACAUCCCCGGAGAAGAGGAGGUGCGAAAAUGAUCAUGAGGAUGAGCAACCAUAG